AUGAAUUUGAUAGAAAAUGAAAUGAUAAUGUGUAUUUGUCGUAAUGAAUAUAACAAUCGUAAGCCAUGCAAUUUAAAUUCUUAUGAAAAAGGCAAAGCUUUACAAUUUGCCAUUCAUCAAAUUAAUUUAUCAAAAACUAGAAGAAUGUUUCCAAAUGAAUUACUAACGUAUUCAACGUCAAACGAACACGCAUAUUGUCAUAGUGAAAGCAUUUUUAGUACUAUCAUUGUUAAUUGUGAAAAAAAGGAAGCUAAAAUAACAAGCGCAUGCGUAAAAAAAAUACCGAAAUUUGAUGAGGAAGAAAAUGAUGAUCUAGUUUGCGCCGAAAAAUUAUUCUAUGAAGAAUGCGGCAUUGUAUCAGAGUUAAGCGCAACAGGCGAUAGUGAUAAGGAAAGGAUUGUUUGUUGUUGUAUUGAUAAUUGUGAUUCGAUUGGUUUAGCAUUGCAUGAAUUUAAAGCUGAAAUGCAUUUUUUAAUGGAAAAUAAUUGA